AGCGGGAUCGCUGGACGUAGCGCAACAUGGCUCUACUUGCAAGAUGAUCCCAAUGCAAAAAGUUAUUUCUUCGUCUCAGGGUACUAGAGUUCUUCAUCGCAAGGCAUCUCUACGACCCGAAAGCGAUUUGUUAACGCGAACCAGCUGGGCCGAUGCCGCGCUAGCAUUAGCACAAGUUAGAAAGGGAAAAGCCCAAGGGAACAAAUGUGCAUUAUGGAUCAGAAGUUGGUUGCAAAAGCGAUUAUUCCUUCUUGGAUGUUUUAUUCAAAGGAAUCCCGGAAAAAUAAUAUUUGUAGGACUUCUAGUGUUAUCGUGUUUUUGUGUUGGACUAAAAUCAGCCACAAUGGAAACAGAUGUAGAAAAGCUAUGGGUCAACGACGGAGGCCGGUUAGAAAAAGAGCUGAAAUACAUAAAGAAGACCCUCGGCGAAGGUGUCGGCAGCACCAAUCAGAUCCUCAUCCACACACCACGAGAAGAAGGAUCCAACGUGCUCCAUCCUGACACUCUGCUUACUCACCUACAAGUACUCAAGGCAGCCAUCCAAGUUUCGGUGGAGGUCUUUGACAUACCAUGGAGCUUAAAAGAUUUGUGUUAUUCGCCAAGUUUUCCUUAUUUUGAAAAACAUUAUAUAGAUAUGCCUUUAGAAAAUUUAUUUCCUUGUGCCAUUAUCACCCCUUUGGAUUGCUUCUGGGAGGGAUCCAAACUCUUGGGACCUGAAUAUCCUGUAAAAAUUCCUGGUUUAAAUAUGAAUGUACAGUGGACAAAUUUAAAUCCGCAAUAUUUAAUAAAUACUGUAAAAAGGUUCGGAACUAACUACAUGUCUUCAUUUCCGUUACUCAAAAUAGAAACUUUCAUGAAACGGGCAGGCAUUUCAUCAGCUUAUCAAGAGAAACCAUGUUUGCUUCCAUCUGAUGAACAGUGCCCCACAUCAGCCCCUAACAAAAAGAGCUUUCAGCCUGUAGAUAUUGGUGCUACAUUGACAGGAGGAUGCUAUGGAUUUGCAACGAAAUACAUGCAUUGGCCUGAAGAUGUGAUUGUUGGAGGUGUGACCAAAAACAAAACUGGACACAUAGUGAGGUAUGCUUUGCUUUUGCAGACAAUUAUACAACUAAUGGCUGAAAAAGAAAUGUAUGAAUUUUGGCAAGAUCAUAUCAAGGUUCACAAUUUGGACUGGACAGUAGAGAAAGCAAAAAAAGUUUUAGAAGCAUGGCAGCGAAAAUUUACUGAGGCUGUGUACAAAGAAUCUCAAUCUCAAAAUGUCUCAAGGAGAAACUCUAUUAAUGCCUUUUCCACAACUUCUUUGGGUGAUAUUAUGAAAGAUUUUUCGGAAAUGAGCGUUACUAGGGUUGUUGCUGGUUAUGUUGCUAUGCUUGUUUAUGUCUUUUUCUGCCUCAUGAACUGCUAUGAUCCUGUGAAGUCUCAAAGUGGCAUUGGUAUUGCAGGUGUUGUUUUAGUCGCCCUUUCUGUUGCAGCUGGUUUGGGUUUCUGUGCUCUACUCGGCAUUGUUUUCAAUGCUGCUACUACUCAGGUCCUUCCAUUCCUUGCCUCAGGCUUAGGUAUGAAUAAUAUGUUCCUCAUUGCUCAUCAGUAUGCUCUAAGUGCCAAGUCAGAAUCAAAUUAUAAGGAGCUGCUUACUGGAGAAGUUCUCAAAAGAACCGGUGUUAAUAUUUCUUUGACUUCCUUCUGUAGUAUAUGUGCUUUUUUUUCGGCUACCAUAAUUCCUAUUCCUGCCCUGAGGACGUUUGCUCAACAGGCAGCAAUUCUUGUGCUCUUCAAUGCAGCAGCUAUUCUACUCAUUUUCCCAGCAGUUGUCAGUAUAGAUAGCAAGAGGCGGAAAUAUAAACUUAUAGAUAUCCUCUGCUGUUUUAAGGGCGAUCUGACGGAACAAGAUAAAGAACAGAUGCAAGGCCUUCGGCAUUCUCAAUCUUGUCCGUCUGUUGUAGUACCUAUAAGGCAAGCUGUUACACACGCACUACCUCCUGAUGGAGGCCAUGUUGUUACAGUUCUUGCUCCAUCUGCUAAUCGGCAAUCCACACGCUGGCAAACUACAGCCACACCAAAUCCUUCUGUUGAAAAUUUGACUUCUUCAACAAACACUCCUGAAACCAAAGAAACUCCGACAAAAGAAAAAAUCAGAGAAAAAUAUUUAAAGGUCAUACACAAUAAAAGUUACUUGAAGUGGUCUUUAUUAUCUUGGUUUGUUAGCAGUUAUCUUGCCCCAACUCUACAGAAAACACCCACAAAGUUUCUCACUGUUGUGUCAUGCAUCAUCAUGAUAUGCAUUGGAGUUUGGGGAAUCUUCCACGUAAAAGAUGGAUUGGAUUUGACAGACAUAGUUCCAAGAAAUACGAAUGAAUAUCAAUUUCUGCAGCAGAGAGCCAAGUAUUUUGGGUUUUUCAACAUGUUUGCUGUGACACAGGGCAAUUUUGAGUAUCCUACAAACCAAAGGCUCCUCUAUGACUAUCAUGAUUCAUUCACGAGGAUUGAGAAAAUAAUAAAAAACGACAAUGGAGGUCUUCCUGAUUUUUGGCUUACAAUAUUCAGAGAUUGGCUUCUGGCCCUUCAAAAAUCUUUUGAUUUUCAUUGGAAAAGUAACUGCAUUAAUCAAGAAGGUUGGUGUUCAAAUGCAACAGAGGAUUCUAUCUUGGCAUACAAGCUAAUAGUUCAGACAGGGCGCAUUGAUAAUCCUGUGGAUAAGUCACUUGUUAAUUCAGUGAGACUUGUGGAUCAAAACGGAAUUAUCAAUCCAAAAGCUUUCUAUAACUACCUCACUGCUUGGGUAUCGAAUGAUGCUUUAGCUUACUCUGCUUCUCAAGCUAACUUUGUGCCUGAACCUCGACGCUGGGUCCAUGACCCUCUAGACGUUGAACUGAAAAUGCCAAAAUCUCAACCAUUAGUGUAUGCCCAGAUACCUUUCUUUCUGAACAAGAUGGGAAGCACAGAAGAUAUAACUGAAACAAUUCGAGAGAUUCGCAUUGUUUGUGAAAAGUUUAGAGAAAGAGGACUUCCAAAUUUUCCCACUGGACUUCCUUUCACUUAUUGGGAGCAGUAUUUGAGCUUAAGAUAUUAUCUUUGGUUGUCCAUUCUCUGCAUUUUUGUUGUCAUCUUCUUUGUGAUAGCUAUUCUUCUGUUCAGUUUUUGGGCUGGAAUUGUUGUGGUAUUCCUUUUAGCUGUGAUAUUAAUUGAACUAUUUGGAUUUAUGGGAAUAAUGGGUAUAAAAUUGAGUGCUGUUCCAGCUGUUAUUCUUAUUGCUUCUGUUGGCAUUGGUCUUGAAUUUGCUGCUCACAUACUCAUGGGAUUCUUGACGAGCAUAGGGGAUAGGGAACGUCGGAUGGUUAUGACUUUGGAGCAGAUGUUUUCGCCUGUAGUUCAUGGUGCUAUGUCAACAUUGAUAGGAGUUGUUAUGUUAGCUUUUUCUGAAUUUGAUUUUAUUUUCAGGUAUUUUUUUACUGUUUUAUGUGCAUUAGUAAUAUUAGGCCUCUUAAAUGGAUUUGUGCUUUUUCCUGUCAUUCUUUCCGUUGUUGGCCCUCCUGGAGAGGUUAUUCCACUGAACGACUCUGACAGGAUUCCUACACCUUCUCCCGAGCCAUCACCAAUUAGGCAGCGAAUGAAACAUGCCCGUCCCUUUGGCCGAAGAAUCUAUCCAAGAUUGGCUUCUGAAAUAUCACUCUCUACAAUAACUGAAGAAUCCAGCUCAUGUCAUUCCUCUCAUGAAAUAAUUGUACAGCCGGAAGUUGUUGUUGAAACGACAACAGUUACAAAUACUUCAAAUGGAUCUACUACUGUUAAUACCUCUACCAAUACCCCUGAGAAUACUGACAGCCAAUCUGAUGACAGUUCAAAAUGCAAUACUCCAAAUGGUGAAAAUGUUUCAACUACAACUACUACAAACACCAGCACAAGUUUUGGCCCCCAUCCUUCUGUAACUACUCAGACUGCUGUCACAACAAGAGUAACUGCCACUGCUAAAGUUAAAGUUGAAGUUCAUGCCCCCUUGUUGUCCAGUUUAGAUAGCUCAAGGCAUCGUAGAAGGCGUGAUAGCUCCUCAUCCAGAAGUUCCAGUGCUCGUAGUUCACCUACUUGAAAGUAUUUGAAGUAUACGGCUGUUUAAUACUUCAUUCCUUAGCUGAAGGUUCAGCUCGCUUGCACUGGCCGUGUGGUGUUGGAAGCUAGAUCUGAUGAUUCAACAGUAUAGAGAAGACUAAAGUUAGCGCAGAUGCAGAGGCAGGCACUUCUGGAGAAGUGUGGGGAGACAAAUAUGGUUUUUGCCAGAAUGGGAAAUUAUUUCAUGUUUCUGAACAUGAUAAUGAGCAAUAGAAUUGACCUGGUCAUAUUUUAGGUAUUGUUUGUAAGUGGUUGAUUUGGCAGUCGUAUACUUUAUUUAUUGCAAGUGCACCUACAUCUCGGGGGUUUUUAAAAUGUUUUAGUUUUACAUAUUCAGGGCUUCAUUAUAACUGCUAAUACGAUCAAAUUCUAUGCAUUUAAUGUUAAUAUAUGAAUGUUUAACGCAAGAUCAAAUUUGUUAUGCGUUUUUCAACGUUUCAACCCCAUUGUUGUAAGUGCCCUUUCAGUAAUAAAGUUAUAUUAAAUCAAAAAGUGUCACUAGUCCAUUUGUAAUAUAGAAAGAAAUAUGUUUUUAUAUAUAUUAUGUUGUUGUAAUGAUCUUUUUGUUUUGUCCAGAACACACAAACUAUAUUUUUUUCUCAUGCCAAAUCAACUGUUUACAAAAUCUUUUUUAUGCUGCUCAACCAGUUCAUAAAAUCAGCUCAACUGUGAACUUGAGCAUAUUGUUCCUUUAUUUUUUUUCUUUUUCGAAUCAAAGAAUGUUCUUCACACUAUAAGUGUUUGUGUUUUGCUUUGUGAAAUUUUUAAGUGUAGUAAAAACCUUUUUCCUGUUUUUUCAGUUUGUUCUACUCUUGUCUAAAAGUGAAUUGUAAUAUUGAAGCAUUUUUCAAAAACAUUAAAUACGUUUAAAAAAUGUUUAUAUGUGGUUUUAAGUACAAUGCUGUUGAAAACUGAACUACUUUACUAGUCCUGUGUUUGCUUUUAUUCCCCCCUGUAAAUGUUUAAGAAUUGUUGGGAGAAGUCUCAAAGCAUUAAAAGAGUAUUUUAUCUUGUGCAAGUAACGAUCAAAUUUAAACAAAUGUUUUUUUGUUUUUUUUUCUAGAAAAGAUAAUUUGUGACAAUUAAGAAAUCUUUACAUUCCAAUUUUUACUUGGAUUUCUGAAAGUAUAUUUUGUACAACGUAUGGUUUAGAGAAUAAAUUUUUAGCAAAUGAUAAUUUGAUGCUUUUGAUAAUUUACGAUCAUAUUUGAAGAAAACAAUUUUAAAUAAAAUAAUGGUUUGUGUUAGUUGAAAAUAGAAAAUACUUAAAACAAUUCACAAAAUUUCAUUGGAGGAAAUUUCUUUAAAAAUAUAAAAAAGUAAUGGAUCAUUUGAAAUUUUCAAUGUACAAAAAUUAACGAAACAGAAAAAGCUUUAAGCAUUUAAACUUUAAUGAUUAUAACAAAUAGGAUUAGUUUUAUAGUUUUAAACUGCCUUACUCAUAUUUUGAUAGUUUUACUGUAUUUGUUUUCAUAAACCAGAAGAAAAAAACCCUGAAGUAUUGUACGGUUAUCAAAAAUUAAGAAAUAAAUAUUAUUACAGUAUCGUUUCAAGAAUCUUAGGUAAUUGAGGCUGACGUCACCUUGGAUUAUCCAGAAAGUACUGCAUGAACUCAGAGUACACGUUCAAAUUGAACUUUCAAAUAUUUGAAAAUGGCAUCUAAAAGCAAUUAAAAUUUGUAGUCUUGAAAAAGCACAUUUUAUAAUAUAUAUAUAUAUAUUUCUAUUGCUUUGAGCUAAACACUAAAAGUCUCUUCUGUAAUGCUUUUAUAGAAUAUUUACUUUCUACUAAAUGCUUAAGUUGCAGUUUUAUUUAUUUAUUUUUUUUUUUUUCAUGGAAUUCUUAAUGGAAUUCAUUCUAUUAACUUCUUGAAAAAUUAAGCAUGAAAAAUUAAGUCUCAUUGAGUCAUGAAAAUCUGCAAAAAGGUUUUUACUACCUAUUUAAAUAAGUGUGAUCAAUGCUUCAGGGAAUUAUUUUUGUCUGUAACUUGUUUUCUGCAAGACAUUCAGUACAAAAGAAAGCUAUAUAUUAAUUUUCAGUUGUAACAUAUUUGUAUUUUCAUGAUGUUGUUAAAUUAUUUUUAAGGAAUAUCAGAAGAGGCAAAUCAGGAACAAGAGCUAUUUAUUUAUUUUUGUGUAUAAUAAGUUUAGAUUUAGGUUGUACGGUUACAGAAUUUGCCUCGUGACUUUGUCACUGCCGUGUCAUAUCCUAAAGCCAUUGUUAAUCAUGUACAUUAUGUAAAUAGCAAAAGCUGUAGAUUUCACAAUCUACUGUGUGUAUUCUUAUGAAAGUAUAUUAAAUUUUAUAAUAUUUUUUAUAUGAACUUUAAGUUUCAUUGACUCAUUGUGUGAA